AGACGUUGAGGAUGGGGCGGUCUUCAUCGUGCAUGCUUCGCUCUUCCAGGAGAUCGUGCCUCCGCAGCCCUUCGCUCGAGCUGUCCUUGCUUAGGUCAAGACCAGCGUGAAUGAAUGCAUCUGCCUUGCUCGCACUCUUCGCAGAUAGCACAUGAGCUGUGUGCUCGUGUUGGCAUGUGGGCUCGCUUUGGCUAUCUGGAUGGUCACACCUGGCUCGGGAGUCCAAGUGUUUACGGUUCCGAUGCGGAGUCUUCGAGGAGGCUUGCCGCACGAAGCGCUUUCGGUAAUUAGCCAUGCAGGCAAUGGGAGGUGUCAACAAAUCAAGCGAUACGUGUCAUCACAGCGCUGCACUUGCAGGGAUGUUGCUGGGAGCGCAUUGGCGUUACAGGCAUCGCGUAACGACAUCGCGCUCGCCGCGGUUGUCUUGGCGGGCCCGCCACACCAUCACGCUCCUCGCUCGCCACCCGUCGGACGAAGACGAUGAUGGGGAGGACGAGGACAAUCUGGACCAGAUCGUGCUGGAGGUCGCGCAGGAAUUGGCUAAGCAAUUAGGCUCUCUCAUCCCCAUCGUGGGCCCCGCGAUGGACAUCGGGCGCGGCCUGCGCGAGAACAACGGUGACCUGCUUUUCUGGGGCGUUCUCUGGUUUGUCGCUGACGUAGCUACCUGGGGCACAGCAGAGGAAGCGAAGGCAGCGAAACUGAUAGCUUCCGAAGCAGGCCGCCUCGUGAAAAUGGGUGAGAAGGGCGUGAAGCUCAGGAAGUUGGCCGACGCCGCAAAGAGAGCGCAGCAGUCGCACGAUACUGCUGACAAGGUCAAAUGGGUGCUGAGCGUCAUGGAGAAGUUUUGGAGAGCUGCUGAUAACCUCAUGAAUAAGAAGAAAGAAGAAGAAGAAGAAGAAGAAGAAGAAGAAAAAGAAGGGCACUUGAUUUGCAUGGGGCGCCUUAGUUCAGGUUGUUGGCAGCCAGAAGUGCCCUGGAAGCGGGGACCAGUGCCCUCGUGUCGCGAUGUUUUGUAAACAAGAACAUCGUUACGUGUACUAAACUGCUGCCACUCGAAGUUGCCAU